GACCCUUUGUGUAAAGGCUGUUGAUCAGUUGAUAUAUAAUUUCCUGAAAGAAAAAAAAAGACAAUAUUGUCAUCCAGUGUAUCAGUUGCUUAUUGUUAAUUAAUAAAUAAUAAACUUGGUGAUUCAAUUAGUAACCAUAAAAGUUUUUUUUUUGCUUAAUCACAAAAAUUAUGAACAUCAAAAAAGAAACAUCAACGGUUGUUUGUCCUUACGAUCGGAAUCACCUUAUUGAUCGAUCAAGGUUCCAGAUGCACAUUGUCAAGUGCAGAAAGAAUUAUCCACCUGGUUACAUGGAUUCUUGUCCAUACAAUGCAACUCACAUCAUGCCACCAUCUGAACUCGAGCAACAUAUCAAUUUUUGUUCAGACAAAAGAUAUCUUCAGCCAGAAAAAUAUAUUAAUCUCAAAAAUCAUGGCUCUCUUCGUUCUUGUCCACCAUCACUCAUUGAAAAGGAAUUGACUGAAUGUGAUGACGACAUGUGGGAAGAUCAUCGAAUGGCUGAUUUUAGUGAUACAUUAUCAGUAAGAUGUCCAUCAAAUUUAGAGUAUGAGACAAACAACUUGUUCAAAACACCAACACUUGAACCAAUUCGUCCACCAAAAUCACGUGGUUUGGCAUUUAUGAUGGAUUACUCAGAGUGUUCUUCAGUUGAUGAUUUGGAAUCAAUCAAAAGUGGAUCAACUAUUUUUACUGGUGGUCGUGGACAGAAAAUUAAAAAAGCUUUUGAGCUGAAUCGUAGUGCUAGUGGUGGUCUUGGACAUGGUUCAAAUCAUCGCUAACAAUUUUCAUCAUUUUUAUUUUUUUUUUUCUUAGACAAUUUUGAAGUUUAUUAUUCAUUUUUUUCUCUCUUUCAUUGACAAGAUGAGUUAGCUUAUUCAUAAAAUGAAAUGUAAUAAAUACAGUUGCUAAUUCUUUUUUU